CGCAGACAGCCCAACCAGUCGAUCCAGUAUUCAGCUCCGACCAGUAUGUGAGGAGACAGGCGUUUAGUGGAGCACCGAUACAAUGGUAGCCUGCAAACGACCUUUAGUAUAGCUAGUUAACUCUGCAACUACUAACUCCAUGCAAUUGUGCCUGCAGUGGCCGUGGCAAACCAUUGAAUGACAACUAAUUAAAGGGUUGAGAAUGAUAAGACUUGCAUCUUGGAGACGCAUCAUAUCUGGGGUUCCAGUAUGGAGAUGUCUUCAGCAGACAAUCAGAGCACCAAACUACACGACAAAAGCUCAGCUGCCGUUUCGCUCCAGAGCCUCCUCAGGGUUAAUGCCAUCCAGACUGACUCCCACCAGCAGGUUGUCCAGCAUCAGACCUGUGAGCUGGCCAGUCUCCCGUCUCUGCCACAGGGAUUCACAAGGCAACUCAGAGAGACGCGACAGCAAAGAGGGUUUCAGUUUGAGGGCCCUCACCCAGUCUCCCACACCAGCUCUUUACCUCGGUAUCUCGGGGCUCAUCCCUUUCCUGUCUGCCCCUCUCCUGAUGGCCGCCACUCAGUCUUUCUAUCCUGAACUGGCAUAUGCUCAAGUGGUCUAUGGAGCCUCUAUAGUUUCCUUCCUGGGAGGGGCCCGCUGGGGGUUUGCCCUCCCUGCCGGAAGUCCUGCUCAGCCUGACUGGAUGAACUUGGGCAACAGUGUGGUGCCUUCACUUCUGGCCUGGAUGGCACUGCUCUGCAGGGACAAUAUUGCAGAGGGAGCCCUGGUAGUUAUAAUGGGACUAGGUCUCUCUCUGCACUAUGACCUGACCCUGCUGCCUGGUUACCCUUCCUGGUUCAAAGCCAUGCGAACUCUCCUCACACUUGUCGCCACCUUCUCACUGGUGGCUACCCUGACAAUUAAAAAAUUCUGCACUGAGAAGAAGUUCAAAGAGAUUCAGAACUAAUUUAAGAGGUCAGUUUGUACUUUGAGCCAUUUGGACUCAAUAAAAAAAAAAAUGUGAAAUUAAAUGCAGAUGUACAGACAGUCUUGUUUGUUCGUACAGUAUACCAAAGCGCAGCAGUAA